GGGAGAGCCGGGUCGGUAGGCCAGCUGAAAACGGAAUUCUUUCCCAGCUGGCUCCCGACUCUGCCAGAGCGAGGCCGGGCAGGGAGGACGCUGCGACGCGUCGGCACUCAGCGGCUUUGCGCUUGGCUGUGGCCGCGCGAGACGCUUUUUCCCAGGAGCGAGCCAAGCGAGUCGUCUGCUUCUCGGGCGACAGGAAAAGCCCAGAGCUAACCACGGGCCGCUCAGCCACUGCACGGGCCCCCAAGCCGCAGAAGGACGGCGAGAGGGGACUGAAGCUGAGCUGAGCCCUCCAGGAGAGGGGAGCGUGCGCCGGAGCCGGGUGCGGAAGGAGGGAGGAGGGUCGCGGAGCUCACGGCCAGCAGUGGAUUAUCCGGGCCGCUCCGUGCCUGGGGGCCGCGAAAUGCGCGAGGAGAACAAGGGCAUGCUCAGUGGUGGCGGCAGUGAUGCGGGCCUGGCCAGCGCCGCGGCGCGGGGGCAAGUGGAGAAGGUGCAACAGCUCCUGGAAGCGGGCGCGGAUCCCAACGGAGUCAACCGCUUCGGGAGGCGAGCGAUCCAGGUCAUGAUGAUGGGCAGCGUCCGCGUAGCCGAGCUGCUGCUGCUCCACGGCGCAGAGCCCAACUGCGCGGACCCCGCCACCCUCACCCGACCGGUGCACGACGCCGCUCGGGAGGGCUUCUUGGACACAUUGGUGGCGCUGCACCGGGCCGGGGCGCGGCUGGAUGUGCGCGACGCCUGGGGCCGCCUGCCCGUGGACUUGGCCGAGGAGCGAGGCCACAGCGACGUCGCAAGGUACCUGCGCGCGGCCGCGGGAGACUGACGGAGGGUUCACCCAGCCGCCCACGACCACUUUUUUUCUCCCCAGUUCCCCACCCCCACCUAGUUCAAUGACGGCUACAAACGUGGAGCGGCGGAAAGCCUGCAAGCCUUCCUGAGCGACUCCGCUCUCUGGAGGAAGGAGGAGCCAACCGGGAACAAGUUUAUAUACGUUUUUUCUUAAUCUGGAUCUAACCCUCAACACUCACCGUGAAGCCAAACGCAGAGAGAUGGAUUUCCGGCUAUGUUAAGGAGUGUGUGAAGUUGCAGGGUUUCGGAGUUUUCUGAUGCACGAAGCCGGGGUGGAGUGGGAGGAGGCGUUGGGGUCUUCGGUAUGCUCCCCCACUGACUGCAGGAGAGCUCCGAGUGAACCCACUCUUCGGGCAUUAGGCCCUGGGAGCAAGAGAAAACCCGAAGACUGGGGCCAAGACAGAUGAUGGUUGAGGUGGGCUUCAGUAGGUGCCCAAUGCUUUACUCUUUCUUCCCUGUGCGGUGCUCGGUGCUCAGUAAGUCACCAGUAAAACGAUACUCUCUGGAAGCCCUGGGGACUCGCACUCAGCUCCACCAGAUAGCAGAAGGGGAAGACAGGACGUGGAAGCGACGGCUGAUCUGCCUCAUAUCCUAAAAUCCCUGGAUCACGAUGUUGCAGGGCAGCUAUGGGAAAGGUGCAGGCUCUGGCUUUUAUUCCGCUGAGAACAGAUUCCCACCAGUUCUGGAUGCCGCCGAGUCUAACAGUGCACAGGAUGAAGUGAUUGAUUGCAGUGAGAGCAAUUGUAACGGUUAACUGUAACAUUUUGCUUCAUCUAUUAACGAUAAGAUACAGAAA